AUGUAUAUAUGGUCUUUCGUGAAAGAAAAACAGUUAAUUCGAGUUCGGCAAGCUCUCAUUCAGUCUCUCUUCACAAAAGACAUCAGUUGGUUCGAUCAGCACCAGAGAGGCGAAAUCAGCUCCAAAUUGCUCAGCGACAUUGAAAUCCUGGAACGUGGGAUGGGAGAGACUAUUGCAAUGACGAUACAGUGGAUUUCUGCAGUUGUGGCUCUCCUAAUAAACUCAUUUGUACAGUCACCGGAUAUAAGUAAAACAUAUACGCAACGAGAAGAAAAUGGUAAGAUUUUGGUGAAAAAGGCGCUGAUCCCAGCCAUUGACAACAUUCGAUUAUUCGCGGCUUUUCAAAGUCAAGAGUUCGAAGCGAAAAGGUUAUUUAAAAAAUUCAAAUUUGCUCGACAUAUGACAUUUCGCAAAUAUCUGUGUUAUGGCAUUAAAAAUGGGUCAUUUUGGAUGUUGGCGUUUUUACUUUUAAUGGAUUCAAAUCGCGUCGUACCAUGUCCUGGAAGGCAGAAUGUCACCGGGAGAAGCCAUUCAGGCAAUUCUUGGUCUUUUGAUGAGCGCCAUUUUUGUCGGACAAGUUUAUCCCUGCUUGGAGUCUACUCUUCCGCAUCUGAACUAAAGGUCCUGAAUGGCUUUCAAUUAACAGUUAAGCAAAAUCAAACGGUUGCCCUCGUUGGACCGACAGGAUGUGGUAAAAGUACUGUACCUCAACUGAUUCUUCGAUUUUAUGAUGCGAAAAAGGGACAGGUCCUUAUCAGUGGUACCUACAUCAAAGAAAUGAAACUGCAGAACCUUCGGCGCCAUAUUGGUUUCGUCAGUCAAAAAUCUUCCCUUUUGUCCGGCAGUGUAGCUGAUAACAUUCGUCUUGGCCAUGAAUCAGUGACCAGAGAACAAAUUGUUAAUGCCGCCAAAUUGGCAAAUGCCCAUGAAUUUAUCAUGAAGUUACCUCAGGGUUAUAAUACACUCAUCAAUGAAGAUGGAAAUCAGUUAACAGACAAUGAAAAAUUACGUAUUUCCAUUGCGAGGGCCUUGGUACGCAACCCCAAAAUUUUGCUUCUGGAUGAAGUCACAUCAGCUUUGGACAACGCCAGCGAAAAGAUCGUGUUGAAAGCGAUUGAGAAGGCCCAAGUUGGUCGAACGACUAUCAUUUCGAACUUCUUGGUUUACUUAAAACAUCAAAAAAAUGACUUGAUUGUUCCGAGGUUUAGUUGUUCACUGAUGAAGCGUCUGUUGAAACUGAAUUUUCCUGAUUGGUCAUACGCUGUGAUAGGGAGCUUAGCUUCAAUCGCUGUUGGACUUAUUGGACCCCUGAUGGCAUUGUUUAUCGCUGAAUUCAUACGAAUUUUUUCGUUGAAGAACGCUGAUGAUCAAUAUACAGCAAGAAGAGACGCUGCCGCCCAACUUAUGGUUGUUGGAGCAUUUUUGGCGCCAGUGAAUUAUUUACAGAAUUUUUGUUUUGCCCAAACCGACAGUAAAUUAACAAUGCGGAUGCGAGAUUUGUUGUUCAAGGCCCUCUUAAAGCAAGACAUGAGUUACUUUGACAAUCCGAUAAACAAUCGAGAUAGCUUGGUAAACAAAUUUAUACACGAUGCUGUUGAUGUUAACGGGGCCACCUCUUUGAAACUUGCGAUGAUCCUGCAAGCCGUUUCUAGCAUUAUCAGCUGCAUCGUUAUUUGCUUCGUUUAUUCUUGGCAAUUGGCCUUUCCCAUGCUCGGAAUAUUUCUCCCGACUUUGAUUAUUUUGAAUUAUAUCAUCGGGCGACUGUAUUUUCCAGAGAAAAUCUGGAAAGUUAACGAUCUCCAAGAAUUUCUCAGAAAGAUUACCCAAGAAGCAUUUGCAAACAUAAAGAUAUUGGCAAUUCUGGUCAAAGAAGAAAACUUCAUUAGAAAAUGCCGUGAUAUAGUUCAGUUUAUGUACAAGUAA